AUGUCGUCCUGUUCUGCUUCCGAACGAGAGCAAUCAACCUCUUGUGGACACUCUGCUUUCUCGUUUUUCGGAAUCACCUCGGGGAUUACUGUAGUUUUGGGUGAGUUUACAUUCCUCCCCCUUCCAAUACGACGAAAACAAGUUCAUCCAUUCUUUGAACAACUUGCUUCCGCUGGGUUUCCAAGAGUCGUCUUCGCUCCUGGCGGGGAUCAUGUGCAUGUGUGCCGUUUUGGCGUACGUGUGCUGACUCGGGGACUCACGUGGAGGCUUGGACAAUGA